AUGAAAUCUGUAUGUUUUUCUAAUAGUUUUGAACUCUUUGAGUUUAUAAAUGAUAAGAAGAAUGAUGUAGAAAUAGUUGCAUGUAUUAUUAGCAAUCUUUUAGGAAGCUUUUAUAAAUGCUUUUUUUAUGUUAGUGAAAUUACUUUAAAUAAAUUAGAAAAAGGGUUUCCUUUUGAUUCAUCAUCAAUUAAAUUAUGUUCUGAUACAGAACUUAGCGAUUUUUAUCUUAAAAUAGACUGUCAAACUUGCUAUAUUGAAGAAUGUGGAGGGAGAAAUGUUUUAAACGUCUUAGGUGAUAUUAAAAGAUAUAAUGGAUUUGACUAUUAUAAGUGCCCUAGAACUAUCUUAAAAAAAGCUUGCGAUUUCAUUAAAAAAAAAGGAGUAGCUGAUAAUGUUUUUAUAGGUAAUGAACUAGAGUUUUUUAUAUUUGAUAAGGUGAAUUAUUCUUUAGAUGAAUAUAAUUCUUAUCUAAAAAUAUAUGAUAGAGAAUCCUUUUGCUGUAAAAAUGAUUUAUCUGAAGUAUAUAAACAAAAUAAUAUUAAUAAAUAUGAAGGAUGUGAGGAAUCAUCUUCUUUUAAUAAUUACCUAAAUGAUGAUAGUAAAAAAGUAAAAAAGAAGUGUGGUUAUUUUAUAACGGAUCCUUAUGAUACUUCCAAUAUAAUUAAGCAUAAGAUAUGUCGGGAUUUAAACAAUUUAAAUAUUAAUGUGCAAAGAUAUCAUCAUGAAGUAUCUACAAGUCAACACGAACUAUCAUUAAAGUAUUUUGAUGCAUUAAAAAAUGCUGAUAAUAUAUUUAUAGCAAAGCAUGUUAUCAAAAAAAUUGUUAACACUUUUAAUAGAACGGCUACCUUUAUGCCUAAACCUAUAGUUAGUGAUAAUGGAACUGGUUUACAUUAUAAUAUUUCUCUUUGGAAAGAUAAUAAAAACAUUUUUUUUAUUGAUGAUCCAUCUACCUUUUUUUUAUCUAAAGAAGCUUUUUAUUUUAUGAAUGGAAUAAUAAAGCAUUCAAAGGCAUUGCAAGCUUUCUGUAAUUCAACUAUGAAUUCUUAUAAAAGAUUAGUACCCGGUUUUGAAACAUGUCAAAAUUUAUUUUACUCUUUUGGGUCAAGAAGUGCUGUUAUAAGGUUAUCAUUAAUCAACUAUGAUAAUCCUUCAGAAAAAAGAAUUGAAUUUAGACUUCCAGAUAAUUCCAAUUCUCCACAUUUAAUCACCGCUGCUAUUAUUUUAGCAGGGUAUGAUGGAAUUAAAUCAAAAGAUCAACCAUUAGUUCCCCGAUACUUGCAAUUCUCCACAUUUAAUCACCGCUGCUAUUAUUUUAGCAGGGUAGGAAUUAAAUCAAAAGAUCAACCAUUAGUUCCUCUUGAAAAUAGAGAUGAUCAAUUCUUUAUAUCAAGCAUAUUUUAUAAUUAUGUUGAAAAUUCAGAGAAAUUUAAAACACUUACACAUGCUUUGUCGGAUUAUGAUUCUAUGCAUAAUUUAAAGGAUUCCCCAAAUUUUCACAAUUUUUUUAAAUGUAAAGAACCAGAAAUGAUUUCUUUUUCUCUUGCAGAAAGUUUAGAAGCACUUGAAAAAGAUCAUGAUUUUUUAACUGCCGAUAAUAUUUUUACAGAGGUUAGAAAGAAAUAA